AAACAGCCCACGAAACAUACAAGGAGAGGCGCGCCGGCCGCAAGCAAAGUCGCCCUAAUCCAGUCAGUCGGCGGCUCAGGCGCUUCACCACGCCGGCAGGAGACUCGAGAGCUUGCGCGCGCGACGAGAUGCUCCACUCGAUCGAGGAUGCAUCUGGACCGCCUUUCCCGAUUUGCAUAUGAAUCCUGGAAUAUGGCAUGGAGGACUGGAGUACAAGGUGCCAAUAAGUGUCUUAAGCCGGAUCGGCACCGCCGCGUUCCUUGUGCCAACUGCCUUUUCUGCACCUCCUGUUGCGACCAUUUUGCCAUCAACCAAGGGACAGACAGGGUACACACAAGGAGGACAACCAAAGGUGUCAUUCUCAGUGAUCCUACUGAUGAUGUAUUUUCCAGCACGGUUGGAGCCAAAGAUGUUCUCAGAGCCCACAGAUUGCCAGCCUGAUCGGGAAAGGUGCAUUGUGCAUUCUCCAAGUCGCAUGAUGCAAAUUUACUCGUUGAAGUUAUCUCAAAUUCCUAUCGACAAUAAAUCAGUUGAAUUAUAUGGAUACAUAGCAGUACGAGACUAUCAUGAUUCAUUGCUUAAUUAUAUUGUCAAUCGUAGUAGGGAUGAUCCUAUCAUCGUGCACCAGGGUUCUCUCAUUCCUAUGACUGGCCCUAAGCGAGGCAUCUCAAUGUCUUCCACUGUUCUAUUGGAGUUUGACAUGAGGAUAAAGAAAGGAGAGCCAGAAGAAAAUGAUCUACAGCUAAUUGACGGAGCAUCAGAAAUCUGCGAGGUAACCGCACCAAUGCAUGUGUACACUACGCGCAUUGAAGGUGAUUGUGGUGCGGUUGACAUCACUUCAGCACUCGUUUAUGAAGCAGUGGAGGCUACUAUAGAAGUCGUCGUACCAGAAGUGCUUAGUGGUUUCAGUUUGUCUCUCAGUUCGCUUGUUCUUAUUUAUGGGUCACGUAAAGAAAUUCAGCUCUUUCAUGGCACUAUUUGUGAGUCCUGUGCCCUGCGAAGAUCUGUGAUUGCUGUGGGUUUGAAGUUCAAGAUACGUCGAAAAGGCUCUAAAAAUGGUCUUGAGCGCUAUUGUUCCUUCAAAGCAGCCAACCAUGGAUGUGCCCGUCGACAAAUAAUGCUUGAUAUUGCAUCCAUCUCAGCGAAGGUGACCUGGUCGACAGAUCCACUAUGAAGUCUUCUUUUUGUUUAUUAUCUUUUUUUUUUGUUGGGUUAUUUAAUCUUGCGUUGGGUGACUAGCUAGUUAGAUUGUAUGCUGGAACUGAGUAGAGUUAUGUGUCUUUCCUGUUUCAGUGAGUAGCAAAUAAUGUUUCAGUGAGUAGCCGAGUAUCUGGGCCUAAGCCCUUAAAGCUUUUUCCGCUAAA